AUGAAUAUCCAAGUCGUGCCAGAACACAAACUUUCUUCAGUGGCUCCGCUUAAGCAGUGCAACACGGAGAAGAAGGAGGUAGAACUGAUACUUGUCAAGGAGCAGAAUGGCGUUCAGUACACCAACUCGUCCAUCCUGCCCUCCACACACGGAGCAGGUCCGCCUGGUUCCGCCGAAGAUGAGCGCGAGACGUGGGGCAAGAAAAUAGACUUCCUCCUGUCGGUGAUUGGUUUUGCCGUGGACUUGGCCAACGUCUGGAGGUUUCCUUACUUGUGUUACAAAAAUGGCGGAGGUGCCUUUUUGAUCCCUUAUGUUUUAUUUUUGUUCAUUGCGGGGAUGCCAUUGUUCUAUAUGGAACUUGCUCUGGGCCAGUUCAACAGAGAAGGAGCGGCCACAGUUUGGAAGAUCUGUCCUGUUUUUAAAGGCGUGGGAUACACAGUGAUCCUCAUCGCCCUUUAUGUGGGCUUCUACUACAACGUGAUCAUCGCCUGGUCAUUGCACUACCUGUUCUCCUCCAUGACGAGGGAGCUGCCCUGGCUCAGCUGUGGGAACAGCUGGAACAGCCCUAACUGCACUGACCCCCAAUCCAUCAACAGCACUGUCCUUGGAAAUGGGACGUCAUAUGCCAAGUAUAAGCUCACCCCAGCAGCAGAGUACUAUGAACGUGGUGUGCUACACCUCCACAAGAGCAGAGGGAUCCAUGACCUGGGCAUGCCACAGUGGGACCUGUCCUUGUGUCUGCUGGCAGUGCUGUUCAUUCUCUUCUUCAGUUUGUGGAAAGGUGUCAAGUCGUCAGGGAAGGUGGUAUACUUUACUGCCACCAUGCCCUAUGUCGUGCUUUUCGUGCUGCUGAUCCGAGGAGUGACUCUGCCAGGAUCAAUGGAUGGAAUUAGAGCUUAUCUCCACAUCGACUUAAAAAGGCUCAACAAUUUGGAGGUAUGGAUAGACGCUGCCACACAGAUAUUUUACUCUUUAGGAGCUGGAUUCGGUGUGCUCAUUGCGUUUUCCAGUUACAACAAGUUUGACAACAAUUGUUACAGGGAUGCCCUUCUAACAAGCACUGUGAAUUGUGUUACGAGUUUCUUUUCCGGAUUUGCCAUCUUCUCAGUGCUUGGGUACAUGGCUUACAAACAUGGGGUGAACAUAGAAGAUGUAGCCACUGAGGGGGCCGGUUUGGUGUUCAUAAUCUACCCAGAAGCCAUUUCCACUCUGCCUGGCUCCACGUUUUGGGCCAUUGUCUUCUUCAUCAUGCUGCUGACUCUGGGACUUGACAGUGCAAUGGGAGGCAUGGAGGCCGUCAUCACCGGUCUGACCGAUGACUUUAAGAUUCUCAAGAGGAAUAGGAAGGCCUUCACCUUCGCCACAGCCUUUGGGACUUUUCUGAUUGCUCUGUCCUGUAUAACAAAUGGUGGAAUCUAUGUGCUAACACUGCUUGAUAAGUAUGCGGCUGGGACAUCCAUACUGUUUGGUGUGCUGAUUGAGGCUAUUGGAGUGUCAUGGUUUUAUGGUGUGGACCGCUUCAGUGAUGAUAUUGAGCAAAUGAUGGGCUUUAGGCCAGGGCUGUACUGGAGGCUGUGCUGGAAGUAUGUGAGCCCAGCUUUCCUGCUGUUUGUUGUCAUAGCCAGCACCGUAACAGCAACAAGCCUCAAGUACGAUGACUACAUCUUCCCUCACUGGUCUAACGUCCUUGGCUGGGGCAUUGCCAUGUCAUCCAUGCUAUUAGUUCCUGUUUACGCCGUGUAUAAAUUCUGCACUGUACCGGGAAGUUUCAAGGAGCGAAUCGCCUAUUGUAUCACACCUGAGCAAGACUAUCACAAAGUAGCCGAAGGUGACGUACGGCAAUUCAAACUGAAGCACUGGUUAGCCAUCUGA